GAUGAUAGUCGUCUUAUUGGAAACGUCUAGGAACAGCCCCCGGCUUCAGACCCUUGCGGUCUGAGGAAGGAAGAUAGUCGCCAGGGUUGAAGUUUGACCACAGUGUGCAACAUGUCAGAAUCUGGCCACAGUCAACCCGGGAUGUAUGGACAGGGAAGAAGGAGAAGGCGACGCCGAGACAGGGAUGUGGGUCCCCCGGGGCAAAACCUCUCUGGUCCCAGUCGAAAUUGAGAAUAUGUCCCCAGAGAACGCAGGGAUGCCAGUGAGGAGCUUCCAGGACCACUCCUUCAAAAGACCCCCAUCAUACUGGCCAAACCCCCCGGAGAACGGUCCAAGCCUUCCCAGAGUGUACCCAUCAGUGGAGGCCAGGCUCUGGAGAAGCCCAUCAUGCUCAUCAAGACCAGGGAGGAUGGGGGGAAACCAGGGACCCCUCCUGACGUGSCUUCUCCAGCCUCUGGCUCUGGGGCCUCAAAGCUAGAGAGGGAGGGCCAGCGCCCUACCCAACCUGUCUGCCAGAUCCAAAACAGAGGCAUGGGAGCGGCUGCUUCCAGUCAACUUACAGCUGUGAUUGGCCAGACCAAGCUCGUCCCCCCUGAGAAGAUGAAGCACAGCAUCAAGCUGGUGGACGAUCAGAUGAACUGGUGUGACAGCGCCAUGGGGUACCUAAGGGACCAGACAGACAUGUUGGUAGUGGGAGUCAUUGGCCUGCAGGGAACAGGGAAAUCCACCAUCAUGUCUCUCCUGUCUGCCAACGCACCUGAAGAAGACCAAAGGGMCUAUGUGUUCAGGGCCCAGACUCAGGAGAUCAAAGAGAGAGGAGGGAACCAGAGCACGGGUAUUGACUUCUACAUUACCCAGGAAAGAGUCAUCUUCUUGGACACACAGCCCAUUCUUGGCCCCUCCAUUUUGGAUCACCUCAUCAACCUCCCUCACACCUACAGUGGGCUCCAAAAUUACUGCCCACUGUAUGUGGAGAUGCAGUCUCUUCAGAUCACUGCCUUCCUGUUCACAGUGUGCCACGUGGUCAUUGUGAUUCAAGACUGGUUCACUGACAUCAACCUCUACAGGGUGAGAAGCACGUUGUCCAUGCUGGACUGUAAUAUUUUCCCUGGACUGGACCGCGACUCCCUGGAACAGCUCAACAUGUUCCUGCUGCCCCUCAUGGAGAAUGAGGGUGAGGACAKGSUAACCAAAGCAGGGUCCGGGGCCGCCCCUCUCUUCUCUCUCCUCCCGGGCUACAGAGGACACCCCACCUUCUCCUCUCAGGUCUCCAAGCUCCGCAGCCAAAUCCUGGCCAUGUCCCGCUGUCAGCUGUCACACACCAUCCUCACAGAGAAGAACUGGUUUCACUAUGCAGCUCGCAUCUGGGACGGGGUGAAGAAGUCCUCAGCCCUGUCUGAAUACAGCCGUCUACCGGCCUAGCAGCACUGUCAACCUGUUGUUAUGAAUAUACUGGAGGAAAUGGAUGUCCCUGUCCUACAUCAGGACCAGAAGAGACAGAGGGAGGUUCAUGUUGGGAAUGGCUAACAGCAGGACAUGCCUCCUUGAGAACAGGAAUUUCCUUCUCCAUUUUCUCCACCAGUUUGGGGAAGUCAUAGAGAUGUACUGUAACUGGAGAUGAGGAAGACCUGAGGAGACUCCACACCAUGAAACUAGAAGUCCUAAGUUGAGCAAAGCAUAUAACAUGAAGACGAAUACAACCA